AUGACAGCCCCAUCCACGACUGCUGCCUCCACGGCUGUGCCCGUCUUGGAGGUAAAAAAGGAUCUUCGCCUGCUGCAGACAGGGCGGCCGGUGGCGGGGUACUCCAACACACCGGAGCUGCUGGAAAAGCAUCAUGCCUUGACGGGAGGGAAGCCCUACUUCCGCUUCCCGCCGGAGCCCAACGGCUUUCUCCACAUUGGCCAUGCGAAGAGUAUGAACCUGAACUUUGGCUGUGCCGUGGCGCAUGGUGGCAAGUGUUAUCUGCGCUACGAUGACACGAACCCCGAGACGGAGGAGCAGGUGUACAUCGACGCCAUCCAGGAAAUGGUGCGCUGGAUGGGGUGGAAGCCGGACUGGAUCACAUUUUCUUCGGAUUAUUUCCAGCAACUUUACGAAUUUGCGAUUCAACUUAUUAAGGCUGGCAAGGCGUAUGUGGACCACUCCACCGCGGAUGAAAUUAAGAAGCAGCGCGAGAGUCGCGAGGAAAGCCCGUGGCGCAAUCGCUCCAUCGAAGAAAAUCUUCUCCAUUUUGAGUACAUGCGACAGGGGCGAUAUGCAGAAGGGGAAGCAACACUACGGGUAAAAAUUGAUAUGAAGAGUGAUAACCCAAAUAUGCGUGAUUUUAUUGCGUACCGCGUCAAGUUUUCUGCGCACCCGCACGCCAAGGACAAGUGGUGUAUUUACCCUAGCUACGACUAUACACAUUGCCUCGUCGACAGUCUGGAAGAUAUCGACUACAGCUUGUGCACAUUGGAGUUUGAAACACGGCGCGAAAGUUAUUUUUGGCUGUUGGAACAACUGAACCUCUGGAGACCCUUUGUUUGGGAGUUUAGUCGUCUCAAUGUGACAGGCUCGCUGCUGUCAAAGCGAAAAAUUAACGUGCUGGUGAAGAAAGGUAUUGUCCGUGGAUUCGAUGAUCCUCGUCUACUGACGCUGGCCGGUAUGCGACGACGCGGCUACACACCGGAGGCCAUCAACCGAUUCUGUGAUCAUGUCGGCAUUACACGCUCCAUGAACGUCAUUCAGAGUUCUAUGCUUGAACACAUUCUUCGUGACGACCUUGACGAACGCACCGAGCGUCGUCUUAUGAUUGUGGACCCCGUCAAGGUCGUCAUUGACAACUGGGACGGCGAAAUGGAGGUGAUGUGCCUAAAUCACCCACGAAAGCCCGAUCUUCAGUCGCGAAAAGUAAUGUUUACCAAAACCUUUUAUAUUGACCGUAGUGACUUCCGUACAGAGGAUAACAACAGCAAAUUCUACGGCCUGGCGCCUGGACCGCGUCCUGUGGGGCUGAAGUACAGCGGGAAUAUCAUCUGCCGCGGAUACGAGUGCGAUGAGGCUGGACGACCUUCUCUCAUUCAUGUUGAGGUGGACUUUGGGCGGACGACAAAACCCAAGACGAACAUUACUUGGGUCAGUGAGAAGUACGCAAUUCCCGUAGAAUUCCGGCUUUACGGAGAUCUUCUGAAGGACGAUCGUGCCGCCAUUGACCCGGAGUUCCUAAAGUACAUCAAUUCCGACAGCGAGCAGGUCCAGCAGGGUUACGCCGAGCCGGAAAUACAAAACGCGAAGGUGUUUGAAUCCGUGCAGGCCGAGCGUUUUGGGUAUUUUGUUGUGGACCCAGACACACGUCCUGGCCACCUCGUCAUGAACCGGGUGCUGACGCUCAAGGAGGACAAGGAGAAGGGUGCCAUGGCCCCCUGUCCUCAAAAGUAG